AUGCUGUGGGCGGGGUGGGGAGAAAAAUCGUCUUGGACUCCUCGCUUAGUAGAUCGCUGUAGGGAUGAUGGCGCCUUGGCUGCUUGUGCCUGCUAUCCUUGGCGUAUCACGUGGGCUUAUCAGGCUAAUCUUAUCAGAUCAUCUCUUGGCCACCAGCCACCUCCACGCCAAGCAUCUCCCAUCGCCAGUCAGGAUAAUGUCAUCCAAGCAGGCCUCAGGGCAGCCCACAAGAACAACUCGAAAUACUUCAACUCCCCUCCAAACAGAUGGAAUCUCGUCGACUUCUUGAAAUACCGGCACCCCCGGGACGCGACGCGUCGCAAGAUUGUCGAUUCCUGGGUUAAAUCGUUGGAGAGCAUUGCGGCCUGCAACGGCCGAUGCCAUACCGACGAGGGGCGUGAGAGGGCAAGGACGUUACUCAGUCGGUAUCGAGAGAGAGACUCAUCGGACCGGAAAUACGCCAAAAUAUGGACCUCCCUCAAGAAGUCGACAGAGCGGCCACCGCCAACCCCUGCGACGAUCAAUUACGCGCCUGUUUUCCAGAAUGGCGGCAGUGCGCCACUGUUCCACAAUGGUGGGAGCGCACCGGUUUUUCAUACUGCAGGUACCGCUGCACCUGUUACUAUCAAUAAUAAAGAUGCCGGUCGCAAUCCGUCUUUGCCGGUGCCAUCUAAUAGAGAGCAUGAUGGGGAUGAAGAGACUGUGAUAGAAGAGUGGGAACUGUCAGAUACUGUCGCCGGGGAAGAGGACGCGGAGGAGGAGGAGGAGGAGGUGGAUGUGGAUGAGGAUGAGGGGGACCACCCAGCUUUGAGGGUGCGCCUCCGCACAUUGCAGCGUUCCAAAAAGCCUAUCGCAAGACCAAAGGCCACCGGUGGAGGCUAUCAAGCGGUCAGGACGUCGAAACUAUCCUCUUCUGGGAAUACCAUUCAGCUGGGGGUGGGCUGGUUUACGAGCGAUGAGUGGGCGGAGAUCAAGGCUACUAUUCCACCACUGUCGAGCGAAGGGUUGAUGCCGCUAUUCAAGAGUCUGGAUCGGUUUGAUGGGGCAAAGACAGUUGCUGAAUUCAGACAUCGGGUCGACACCACGCGGUAUAAAGAGGAUGGCGAAGUCUACAACCGCGAGAAGCACUACGAUCUAUGGUCCGCAGAUUUGGCGGUGCAACAUAUCCUUGGCCUUUGGGAAGACCCCGACCAGCCCCUUCGGGCACCUCAACUCGAAGACACCCUCUCAAGCUGUCUAUGGACACAUAUCAUCGACCACCCACUUCAAGGGCUAGCCGGAGUCAACAUUGUCCACAAGGAAAGCUCCUGCCGCUCCACCGCCCGGCGGAAAAAUCGCCACCGCACACUGCCGACACAGCGACAGCUCACCGGCCCGAAGAUGGACGGCAUCAUCCGCUCCAUCAAGGACCACAGCGAGGAGUUUGGCGCGAUGGAGGUCGCCUCGUCGUUCGGCAGCGCGGGAACAAAGUCUACCAAGCUGCUGGUGGACACAAACAAGCUGAUCAAGACGCUGCGGGAUAUGCUGUUCGCGCUGCAUCAGCGCGUGAACUUUGACCCGGCGGUUACGGAGAAGCUGCAGGUGGUGGGGAUCCUGUGUGCGGGGCUGCAGGUCCAGUUCCUCAGGCUGUACUGUAAGGGACAUGUUUCGAUCUUGGUACGGGAGCACAUAGAGGAGGUACCUGUGGAUUGCUUGGAGUUUGAAUGGUUGAAGAAGCUGCUGAUUAAGUUUGCGAUGAUGAAGAAAGUAAUUGCACAGUCAGUAAGCGCGGUCAGCGAGCGCAGUCCUACGGUCAGCACUGCAGAUGAGAGAGUCAAGAGCGAUGAGGAGAGGCUGCAGGAACUGCUUUCUGGCAAGGUCACGGAUCGUCGGCCGAAGCUGGACUGGGCGGGGGAUUCGCCGCCUCCUCCGGGCCGGUAG